AUGGGAGUGAGAAUUGGUGAAUUCGGGCAUAGUGAUACAGUGAAUGACUUUUUCUACAUGUACCCGUAUUUCUCGGAUCCCUUUAGUGACAUAAACGCCCUCAACCCUUGGGGUUUCACCAAACUCAAUGGCCAUGCAUUUGGUGGUAAUUUCACCGGUGUAAAAGAACUCAUCGACAAAGGUGCUGCCGUCAACUCCACCAGCGUGGGCGAUUUCACAGCUCUACACAGCAGCACCUGGCAAGGGCACCUCAACAUCGUGGAACUAUUAGUCAAAAAUGGCUCGAAUUUAGACGCUCAAAACUACAUUGGGUCCACACCCUUGAACGGGGCCAUAUGGCAGGGCCAUAACGAAAUCGCUCACUUUUUGAUAUCGGAGGGGGCUGAUAUUCACAUUCAGAGCAAUGAUGGAUUUGCGCCACUCACUUCAGCUUCUUGGAAGGGAAACGUGGAAAUGGUAGCUCUCUUAUUGAAACAUCGAGCCGAUGUUGACGUCAAAAGUCAAAAUGGGUACACACACCUCCAUGCAGCCGCCAAAAUGGGACACUUGUACGUUGUCCAACUGUUGGUUGAAAAUGGAGCCAAUAUUAAAGAAGUGGAUAAUUGGGGAAAUGACGCAUUUAUCAUGGCUUUGAUGAAUGGAAAAGUUAAAGUAGCUGAAUAUUUGACGAAGAAAAAAAAGCAAGAAAGAAAUAAAAAAGAAUAA